AUGGAGAAGAAAACAUGGGUCGUUUUGGAGAAUAAUCCUGAAGUGAUGAACCAAUUGGCGGCAAGGCUAGGGUUAUCAUCUGAAUUAUCCUUCUACGACGUCUGGUCGCUUGAUGAACCUGAACUGAUAGCCCAUAUUCCCCGUCCGGCCUUUGCCCUACUUGUUAUCUUACCCCUCACUCCUGCUUGGAAGGAGAAUCGACAAGCCGAGGACGUUGAAAAGGAUGAUUAUGACGGAUAUGGACCCGAAGAACCUGUAAUAUGGUUCAGGCAGACCAUUGGGAACGCCUGCGGUUCUAUCGGGCUCCUUCACUGUGCCAUCAAUGGCCCAGCUGCCGAGCAUAUCCAACCAGGCUCCGACCUGGAAAAAAUCCGCCGUGAUGCUAUUCCUCUAAAGAUGACAGAGCGGGCCGACCUGCUAUAUAAUAGUGUCCCCUUCGAGGAAGCUCAUAAAUCCUGUGUCCAUCUGGGAGACACGGCUCCUAGAAACGAAGGCGCCCUAGGCCAGCAUUUUGUGGCAUUUGUCAAAGCCAAUGGCAGACUUUGGGAACUCGAGGGGUCACGGAAGGGGCCGAUCGACCGCGGUUCACUCAAAGACGAUGAAGAUGUCCUGAGUUCGAAGGCGCUUGAUUUGGGGAUCGGAAGAGUGAUCCGUCUUGAUCAGGAGGCGGGAGGCGCGGAUCUACGAUUUAGCUGUAUUGCCUUGUCCCGUAAGGCUUGA